AUGACAGAACCUCUCGCCAAGGUCGACUCCGCCAUUGAGGGUCUUGACCAUCACGAAACCAAGCCAAAGGUUAGGAAGAGCUCUAGUGCACCUGGUGUCAUGAACCUUGACGAGCUUCGGGAUAACGGAACACCGAUCCAAGUAGCAAUUGAGACGCAAAGGACGGGAUGGAGGAUCAACUCGUCUUCGACAACAGUAGAGGACAAGGAAGUCCUCAAGAAGAUGCUGACCACUCCUCCCGUCAAGAGGAUCGACAUCGAGUUCCCUCUUGGCAUGACUGUGACAGCACGAAACAACAAGGGCGUGACAAUCAAGGAUGCAUUAGACGCCAUGCACAAGCCCAACAAGAAGAGAGCGGAUGACGAACUUGACAAGCCCUACCUAGAAGGUUUUGAGUGGAAUGGUAAACGUGACGGCAACACAGAAGAGGAGACCAAGCAUGAGUGGACAAGGUUGCACGUACGCCUGCAAUCCACACCCGGCAUCGCAUCCAGCGGCGGUAAGAAGAAGAACAAGAAGAACAAGGACGGAGAAGCAUAA